GUGGUGAUUUUUUUGAAUGUACCCUUUGCGCUCAAUUAAAAUCAGUAAACGAAGUAAAACAAACGAUCGGUUUUUUGGUUUACUUUCGUUAACGAAAAGUCUUUUUAGUCGUCGUUUAUUAUGAAUUGUGCGUAAUUACUUUAGACUCAUGUGCUGGGAUACAUUGUUCACCAUGUCUACGGAUUUCAUGAAUAUCGAUGGUAAUAUAAAACGAGUACAGAAAGAAACUCUAACUCCAUAUAAAGUAGCAACUGUCAUUUUAAUUAAAGAGUACUGCAAUGAAACAACGAAAGUAAUAAUAGAAAGACGUGACUUUUGUUUAGCAGCUUUAAAGUUGAUUCAAUCACCAGAUAUGGAGCUCAAUGCACUUCUGAACGUACUAUAUUCUCCUGAAUAUAUUUUACAUCGGUUCGCACGUCAGUUGGAAGUACAGUUAAAUCUGCUAAAUGGAAAGGGAGUUGAAGGAUUAUUAGAUUUGUUUGAUAGUGUUGUUCGUCUUAUGAAACCAACAUUAGAUCAUUCCUUAUCUUUGCCUGCAUUAAAUAAAAAUUCAGUUCUUGGAUUAUAUAUAAGAAGAAUUAUCAUCUUUUUCGAGAAGCUACCUUUUGAUCAAGUUGUAUCACUUUACGAGGCUCUGAAAAAAUAUCUAGAAAGAAGAACUAGUACCUCUGAAAGUUCUGACAUCUCUACAGGUUCUGAUGUAGAAGAUUCAUAUUCAAAUGAAAUUAAAACAACUUGGGGUGGAAGACAGGCUGAAUUACUUGUUGCACAGCAAGCACAUGCCCUGCAGACAGAUGAACAUAAAGCAAUGUCCCCUGCAGAGCUGCAAGUUCUUGUGCGAGAACUUUUAAGCUGUAGUCCGUACUAUGCUGAAGCUCAUUAUUUGAGUUAUUUGAACUGUCUCAGAGUUAAUGAAUAUUGUGGAGCAGUAGACAGUCUUUAUCAUUGCUUCGAUAGAUUAGCUCCAUUGGAAAAUCGCUCUGCACCUGAAGAUAGGUCUCGCAUUUUCAGAUAUGCUGCUUUAAAUUUAGCAGUUUUACAUGCACAAUUUAAUCAUAAGGAAGUAGCUCAGGCUGCUUUGAAAGAAGCUAUCAUGAUGGCUCAAGAAGCAGGUGAUAAUGUAUGUUUGCAGCUGGCACAUGCUUGGAUGUAUCAUCUAAUUACUGAUCAAAAGGGUCCCCUUAUAGAAAGAUCAGUUGGUAAGGCGAGUAUGUUAGGAAUAACUCAUACAACUGGUUUGGGUCUUAUCGCUUAUGCUCACAAUUCCGCUUUAGAGGCUAAGGGUCCAUCGCAAGUAUUCGAGACGCUAAUGAAAUCUGAUGUUUUGAAUUGUCAACAUUCCAUGAUCGAUUUAAUGUCAAUGACGUAUGCAGAGAAAUCUGCGUUGUGGGCGUAUUACGGUAAAACUGAGAUGUCUUCUGUUUGCGCGCAAUUACUGCUUUUACAAAAUACGGGGGACAAAAAGCAGCAUAUGUUCAAUGGUCCAUCUACUUGUCAGGCUGUUGUUAACAUCGCAAAUAUUUUGGUUAAAUUUGGUGAAUACAGUUUAGUUGAUGUUGUGCUGGCUCAUGCUAAGGAAAGGUUCCCCAAUGAACCGUGUAAUAAGGUAUGGAUGUUAAGCGAGCAACUUUACGUAUUCACGCAAUUGGUACGACAUGAGAAAUGGAGCGAGGCUGAAACAAUAGCAUUGAACAUUUCAAGUUUAAACUUUUUAGAAAGUAAAUUCAGGUUAGCUGAAGUUUAUUUGGGAAAAGGAGAUUAUCCAAAGGGUUUAGAGUGUAUUGAUAGUAUCGAAAAGGAUGAUCGAUUAACGCCGCAAAAUAAAAUUCGAGCUAUGAUUCUAUCGAGUCAAAUAAUGUGUGCGUCUGUUUUACCGGAAAAUGGAAUUGCCGGGGUUAAUUCUCUAGUGCUUCUUAAUACAGCUCUAGAAUUGGCCGUACAAAAUCAUUUGUCCUAUUACGAAGUAUUGAUUAAAAUGCAUCUCGCAAAUAUUCAGUUAAUAAUGGGAAUGCCAACUUUAGCAUUGAAUUUAGUAGAAGAAGUUAUUAUUCAAAUUUUGGCGCAUGCUGGAUAUUAUGAUCAAGGCAGAGCAUUUGUUUUGUAUGCGAAAUGUUUAGUCGCUACUGCUCCGACAUGUAGCAAUGCACGGAAAGACGUAAUUUUAAAGGCAAUUAAAGCACUCGCCAAAGCUAAAGACUAUUUUACAAAAGUCGAAGCGUAUGGGAAACUUCGGACUACGUUAUGCCUGGAAUCUUUGCUGUGCCACGAGAUUGACCUGAAAAUUGAACGGAAUCAAUGCGCUUUCGAAUUUCGUCAGUUGGAGGAGCAGUUUCCUACUAAGUUAGACAAUUUAUCUUUGUAUUAAAAAUUAAACGAUUACGAAUACAUAGAUUAUGUCUUUUUGUACUACAAAUAAAUUACUAUAUGAUAUUU